CUCACGGAGCGUUUACUAUUUAUCCGCCCACGACUCCAUCUCACUCAGAUGAUUGUUUCCUCUUUUCGCCAUUUGAAUUUGCAUUUCCUCCCUAAGAGUCCCUGGAUGUUCCAAGGUCAAUGAGACGGGCAUAGAUUCACGCUAUGCUGGGCCGAUAUUAGAUGGAUUUCUGGUUCCUAUUAUGCAUCAACGUCAUCAUUUGAAGCAGUACAAAUUUAAAAGUGAAUAUUAACUGGCAUAUUGACAAAGGGCACAUCCCCUCAGGCGGAUAAAUCUGUCAUUUCUGAUUCUUUGUAAAGGAUUCUGCCCGUUCAUCCAGCUCCAAAUCAACAUUUAGUCUUUCACCACGCCGUCUGAAUCCUGAUCUUGCACUUCUUAACUGCUUUUGAUUUGACUAAAGGGCAUUCUUCACUGUCUAAUUUUUCCAUUGCAUGACUGAUUAUGAUGUGUUGUUGUUGUUGCUGUCUGACCGCGUCUCCCCACAUUUGUGUCUGAUAGCCAACUUGCAUUCCGAGGGGCACACAGCUCCCAACUUCUUGUCAUAACCCACCGUCCUCUCGACAAAACUCUCAACAAAAUGGCCAACCAGGCUAUCCUUCGAAUUGGCCGGGAAAUCAGCCAGUUGCAACAAGGAACAGAUCUAUCAUUGGCUGUGGCUUGUCAGGAAGAAGACAUUCGCAAUGUCAGAGCCAUGAUAAUCGGACCCGCUGAGACUCCAUAUGAGUUUGGCUUUUUUGAGUUCUCCAUUAGAUUUCCAAAAGAUUACCCCGCAAGCCCUCCCAAGGUUGAGUCAGUCACUACCAAUGGGGGCAGAUGUAGGUUCAAUCCUAAUAUUUAUGCUUGUGGAAAAGUCUGCUUAUCUAUUUUGGGUACUUGGCGUGGCGAGAGUGGAGAGCAAUGGUCUUCAGCCCAAGGGCUGGAAUCCAUUUUGAUUUCCAUCCAGAGCCUGCUGUCGUCCAACCCGUACGAGAACGAACCCGGUUAUGAGGACGCCAGGGCGGAGAGUGAUUUAAGGGCAAUGGAUAAAUAUAUUGAAAAGAUUCAUCAUGAAUCCCUGCGUGUCUCUGUGGUUCAGCGUCUGGAGGACGCACUAGGAAUACAGCCAGAUGGUACUGUUAUCUCGCCAUCCGGCAAUUUGUCGGACGAUCCAGAUGAAGAUGAAGACGAAAAACCACCAUUUGAGCCGUUUCACGAUCUUUGCAAGAGACGCGUGCUUUGGUAUUACGAAUCAUACAUUAACAUAAUAAAAGAACAAGAAACCAAAAACUCCGUCGGGACGCGCUUUGAACGAAUGCCUUUUGAGGGUGGUGGUAAUACGAUGGAUGGGCGCUUCAACUAUCCCGACCUUAAACAGCGCCUUGUUCGCAUCAAAGAUUGCAUUAUUCAGGAAACUGAUGGUUGGGCGGCUGAAGGAAUGAAAGCGAAAUCCAACGAUGCCAGGAUAUCCGUGAGUUUGCAACGACAAUACGAGCAGAUCACGGAAGACCUGAAAGCCAAAAAUAAUUUCACCGUCGAUAUCAGCCUUGAGGAUGGCAACCCGUUUGUCUGGCAAUUGACCUACUUUGGGCGGCCAAUGACGCAUCUUGAUGGGGGUAUUUUCCGUAUCAAGAUUUGCCUCAGCCCACAUUUCCCAGAGGCCCAGCCUCGUGUCUUUGUGCAGACGUCUCUGUUCCAUCAUCGGGUCUCGAAAGAUGGUGUCCUUUGUUACUUUUGCAGAAAGACAGAAGAUAUGAAAUCCCAUGUGGAGGCCAUCGUGGCAGCUUUGGAGGAUGAAUCACCGCGAUAUGACCCGCGUGCGACAGUCAAUCCAGAAGCUUCGAACUUAUUCUGGGGCUCUCCGGACCAAAAGAAGCAAUAUACUCGUUUGCUUAGACGCUCGGUUCAGCGUAGUAUUGAGGAAUAAUGCUAGAUAAUGAAAUACGACAAUUGCACCCAUUGCUCAUGAUGUCCGUGAUCUUGAUACAGUUUUUGCUAAGAUAUUUUUUCUUUUCUAUGGGCAUUGCGAUACCUGAACACGUUAGCCCGUUUCGUUUUCUUUCAACAACUACAAAUUCGGACUACUUACUGCAAACAAAUCACGUAGACCUCAUUUGUUUACUAAUGUAUCCAAUGGGUCUAAAUCAAGAAGUUUAUAUCACCUUUAACCAGGCUGUUCGCUUUCGCUGGUUGUGCUGUGAGAGAUAGUAGCAGAUUCUCCUUAAUUUAUGCUGUCUCUCUACUUUUUAUAUCAACACUGGGUUUUCGAUUACUUUGCUCUUCUUUGGUUGACAUACCAACUGAUAUUUAAUGCUUGAGAAUCAAAACAGGGCUUGAGAUGUGUUGACUAAUUACUUCUAACCCGUUUCACCCUUAGGCCUACCCAACAAUAAGCCCAAACUUACCUUUUCCUUCCA